UUUUGGCGUAAUCAAAUUGGUCGUUAUGGUCUCACCGGAGCUCACCAAACGUCCUCGAUUGAGACUCUUAGUGACGGUCUAAAGACUCGAUUGGUAUUCGCCGAAUUGGUAUUGUCCACUCCUGAUAUAGUGCUGAUGGACGAACCUACGAAUCACUUGGAUAUGGAAAGUAUUGACUCUUUAGCAAAAGCUAUUAACGAAUUCACGGGUGGCGUGGUUUUAGUUUCCCACGAUUUCCGGCUAAUCUCACAG